CAAGGGAAGCAAAGCGAAAGCAAAAAAAGGGGAUGGCGGAGGGGAAUUCAAGGCUACCCCGGUUGAAACAAUGCCUGAUCAGGCGGAUGGGCCAACAGGAACAGCAUGGGGUGGCUGCCUGCACGCUUCAGGAACUGAAGUUGAAAGCCUGUAAUCUGCUAGCAAUUGACGUGGCCUCCCAGCCUGUCACUUUGGUACUGGCUGAAGACGGCACCAUAAUAGAUGACAACGAAUAUUUUUUGUGUCUGCCCCCAAACACCAAAUUUGGGGUGGUAGCCAAGAAUGAGGAAUGGACCAGCACAGGCGAGGGCACAACUUGGCUAGAGGGAAAAAUAUCAAACACGGAUGAAGUGGACAGCAGUGGAGAAAAAUGGAAAGCCUUGGCCAGGCAGCUGAAGAACGACCUGUCUAUCAUCAUACUGAUGUCCGAAGAAGACCUCCAGGCACUUAUUGAGGUACCGUGUGAAGAUCUGGCUCGAGAACUUGCCGAGACUCCGCGUCAAACCCAAAGGUUACAAGAGACCCUUCAGGAGACCCUGGAUAGGCGGGAAGAGGAGAGACGAUCCCGUCAGCUUCUGGAACUUUACCUGCAGGCAAUAAAAAAGGAGAAUCGGGCUCCAUCCACAGCACACGCAUCGGAACCAGAGGAAAAAUCCGGGCGUUGCAGCGAUACUGUGGACACGGGGAGCGGCGGACCAAGUUCAGUCGAAAGGACACAAUUGAGUAGCCGCGUCGUUACUGUGCUGAAAGAAAAGCCUUCCCCAGAACUCAGCCUGGCUAGUCAGGAUUUAGAGCUGGUUUGCAAAGAAGAUUCAGAAGCUCUUUGCCAAGCUCUGCGCUGGGACAAACACAAGACCGAAACCUUAAAGGAAGCGUGUGGGCAAGAGCUUUCAAGGCGACUGCAACAAUUUCGCUCUCUAAAUUCACUGAGGAGCAUCUCCAAAGGAAAGAAAAAACAGCCAGAACCUGGAGAACAGCCGAGUUCUAAACGCAGGAAGUAAAAAGCUCUGGGAGUCGGGAAUUUUUGACGGAUUAAUCACCUUUUUGGUUUUCCUGAAGGGUAAUGUUGUUGUUCUGACUGAGGCUUCCCAACAGCGUGAAGCAAACUCCUUGUCCUGACAAAAACCCUUUUUAUUAAUUG